AUUCUAUCAUCUACAUUCCAAUUACAACUCCAAUUCAAACUCCAUUCAAAAUGGUUGCCACGAUCCGCCAGUACAAAGCUGCCUGCGUCCAGUCUGAGCCAGGAUGGUUCAAUCUCGAGAAGUCGGUCAAGAAGACGAUCGCUCUCAUCGAAGAGGCUGGCGAAAAGGAUUGCAAGCUGAUUGCUUUCCCUGAACUCUGGAUCCCGGGAUAUCCCUACUGGCAAUGGCGCGUCAACUACCAAGACUCCCUGCCCUUGCUCAAGGAGUACCACCAGAACAGUCUUCGACCCGACUCGGACGAAAUGAGACGUAUUCGUGCUGCAGCCAAGGCAGCCAAGAUUUUCGUCUCCAUCGGCUAUUCGGAGAUUGACGGACAUACUCUUUACACGACCCAGGUUAUCAUUGACCCCCGAGGCGAGGUCAUCAACCACCGUCGCAAGAUCAAGCCUACCCACGUUGAGAAGCUUGUCUUUGGUGAGGGUACUGGUGACACCCUUGACAGCGUUGUUGAGACUGAGAUUGGUGCCCUCGGCCACCUCAACUGCUGGGAGAACAUGAACCCCUUCCUCAAGGCCCAUGCUUGCACCCAGCAUGAGGAAAUUCACGUCGCCGCUUGGCCUGUGUACCCCCCUGCAUCCAGUCUCAAGUACCCGGACCCCUACACCAACAUCUCCGAGGUUCAGUCGGACCUGGUCACGCCCGCCUAUGCCUACGAGACUGGCACGUGGACUCUUGCGCCCACCCAGGUUGUCACUCGCGAAGGCGCACGCCUGAACCUGCCCAAGCGCCUCCAGGACGAUGAGGCUGCUGUCGACGCCGAGGCCGCCGUCAUCGGCAAUGGCUUCGCUCGCAUCUACCGUCCCGAUGGCUUCCGUGCCGUCGAGGACCCUGCCAAGACGUUCGAUGGCAUCUUCAUCGUCGACGUUGACCUUGAUGAGAACCUCCUUACCAAGCGCCUCGCUGAUUUUGGCGGUCACUACAUGCGCCCUGAUCUCAUUCGCUUGCUGGUGGACAAGACCCCGAAGCAUUAUGUGGUGGAUGCCAACUCUACUGACCCCAAGACCUUCACCAGUACCAUGGAGCGACUCGGCCUUACCAAGCCUCUCCCGGCCGCGGAUGAAUAAGUCUGCAACUAAAAUUGCCAUACGGGCAGCGACUGGGAGCUUAAUGUAUCUCGAUAGCUAUCUCAGAGCUGGAAGAGACUUUAGUCUCCGAUGAUCCUCGCACCUCUGUUCAAUUCAAUCAUCAAUCUUCAGACUCA